CGCGGAAGGUGAGGGCUGAAUGAAGUUUUCUGGGUAAUGGCUCGAAAUGUUUUCCUUAUGAGAAGUGGUGUUGAGUUACAGUGUGCAGACCGAGAACUGGGAGGAGAGAAACAGCAGCCCCAACCCGGCCCCCACCUUUUCUGGGGCUUGUAAGAAGGUGGACAUGGGCUGACAGAGACCAGACAAGUGAUAUGUUGAACUGUCCCGGCUCUGGAAUCCACUGCUCCUGGAGCGACCUAGGUCCAGUGUUUACAGGGCUUACCCAGGCCCAGCCAAGCAGGCACAGAUUCUCCGCUGUGAAAUGCCACGCAGGCAGAGACUGACAAGCGGCAGGAGCAGAGCUCUCCCCUUGGACCGCUGUUUCCUGCUGUGCUCAGGGGAGGGGGUUCCUCUGGCAAGUCUCCUGUUGCUGGUGCUGCUACUUCAGCUCCCUCUCCACUCCAGGUAAGCAGGCUCCACGGGAGGGCAGGCUGCAUGGGAAGCCUUUGGACCAUGAACAGGAUCAGAAAGUUUUUCCGAGGAAGUGGGCGAGUCUUGGCAUUCAUAUUUGUAGCUUCUGUCAUUUGGCUGCUCUUUGACAUGGCAGCUCUCCACCUCUCAUUCAGUGAGAUCAACACUCGGGUCCUCAAGGCAGACAUGGAGAGGAGGGAGCAGGUAGGAUUCAGGCUGCAGCCAGACCAAGUGAAGAUGUUUUACAGUAGCAUAAAAGAGAUGAAGCCUCCCCUGAGAGCACAUGGGAAGAGGGAAGAGAACUUGAGGAAGACGGAGGAGAGCGUGCACAAGGUUGAGGAUGACUUGGACCAAACCCAGAGGGAAAGGAAAGUGCAGAAUGCCCUGGGCAGGGGCAAGGUUGCACCUUUGUGGCAUCCUGCAUAUCUGCAGACUCUCCCAGUGACUCCUACCAAGCAGAAGACAGACAGGAGAGGUAGAAAACCUGAAAUCUCCUCUCACCAGGUAAUACCAAAGCACUCAACAACUCAGAGGGCUCAGGGAACCCCAUUCAUACCAACAAGAGGCACUCCAUUGGUCAAAAUAUUGGCACACACAGGACCUGUCAGUAUAAAACCAGAGGCACUGAAGACUCACAGGCUCAAUAGUAACACAUCAAAACAAGUAGUUGUAAAGGACCUGGACGUGACCAUUGGUCUUAGUACUAACAGAUCAAAGCAGCACUCACAGGAGGUAGCGAAUGAGAAGACACACCCUGCCAGCCCACCAGUGCCAAAAUCUGGGGAAGACAUAGCUCUAAAUAAAACUGAGACUCAGAGCAAAGAAAGAAAUGCAAAUAAACACAAAGCCAAUAAGGGUAGUCCUUUUUCCAAGUUCAUUGUCAAUUCAAAUCAUUUAAAGAAGCAAUCUAUUAAUGAGACAUGGCUGGGAGGCUUGCCAGUGGAUGAUGGCGCUAAAGUGGCUCAUGGGAAGAAAUUCAAUUUCUCUGAAAGCCAUGUUGUGAUUAUAACCAAGGAGGAAGAGCUAAAGACAGACCCCAAAGAGGACCCCAAUUCUAAAACCAAAACUAUGUUUCCGAAAGUAUUGGGGGAAAGCCAAAGGAAACAAGUUUCCAGGAAUAGAAGCGAGUCCUCUUUCUCUUCACUUGUUCUACUGAGAGUAACAGUGUCUCAUACCAACCAAGCUUUGGCUGGAGAGCGAGAGCCAGCAAGAACUAAUCUAACUGCCAAGGAUCAGCCUGCAGAACACAACCGAAGUCACAUAAAAGCCCUCUUAUCUGAAGACCGGGAAAUGCACCAUGUGUCGAAAAUUGAUGUGACUCUUUCUUCAAGGGACCCCAAAGCUCCAGGGCAAUUUGGACGUCCUGUUGUUGUCCCCCUGGGAAAGGAGAAGGAGGCAGAAAGAAGAUGGAAAGAAGGAAACUUCAACGUCUACCUUAGCGAUUUGAUUCCAGUGGACAGAGCCAUCGAAGACACAAGACCAGCUGGGUGUACAGAACAACUAGUUCACAGUAACCUUCCAACAACCAGUGUCAUCAUGUGUUUUGUGGAUGAAGUGUGGUCCACUCUCCUGAGGUCUGUUCACAGUGUCCUCAAUCGCUCCCCACCACACCUCAUCAAAGAGAUUCUGCUGGUGGAUGACUGCAGCACCAAAGACUACUUAAAAGAUAAUUUGGAUAAAUACAUGUCUCAGUUUCCAAAAGUUCGGAUUCUUCGUCUCAAAGAGAGACAUGGCUUAAUAAGAGCCAGGCUGGCAGGGGCACAAAGUGCAACAGGUGAUGUGUUGACAUUUUUGGAUUCUCAUGUGGAAUGUAAUGUCGGUUGGUUGGAACCUCUUCUGGAAAGAGUUUAUUUAAGCAGACAGAAGGUGGCCUGUCCAGUAAUUGAAGUCAUCAAUGAUAAAGAUAUGAGUUACAUGACAGUGGACAACUUUCAAAGAGGCAUCUUUGUGUGGCCCAUGAACUUUGGUUGGAAAACAAUUCCUCCAGAUGUCGUUGCAAAAAACAAAAUUAAAGAAACUGAUAUAAUAAGGUGUCCUGUCAUGGCUGGUGGGUUAUUUUCUAUUGAUAAAAAUUACUUUUUUGAACUUGGAACAUAUGACCCUGGUCUUGAUGUUUGGGGUGGAGAAAAUAUGGAGCUCUCUUUCAAGGUGUGGAUGUGUGGUGGUGAGAUUGAGAUCGUCCCAUGUUCCCGAGUGGGCCACAUAUUCAGAAAUGACAACCCCUAUUCCUUCCCCAAAGACCGGAUGAAGACAGUGGAGCGGAACUUGGUGCGCGUCGCUGAGGUCUGGCUGGAUGAGUACAAGGAGCUGUUCUACGGCCACGGGGACCACCUCAUAGACCAAGGCUUAGAUGUCGGCAACCUCACUCAGCAAAGGGAACUGCGAAAGAAACUGAAAUGCAAAAGUUUCAAGUGGUACUUAGAGAAUGUCUUCCCAGACUUAAAGGCUCCCAUUGUGAGAGCCAGCGGUGUGCUUAUUAAUGUGGCCUUGGGUAAAUGUAUUGCCAUUGAAAACUCUACGGUCAUUCUAGAAGACUGUGAUGGGAGCAGUAAGCUUCAACAAUUUAAUUACACCUGGUUAAGACUUAUUAAGCAGGGAGACUGGUGCUUGGCCCCCACGCCUGAGAAAGGAGUCCUAAAGCUGCAUCCUUGCGAUAACAGAAACAAAGGGCUAAAGUGGCUGCAUAAAUCAACAUCAGUCUUUCAUCCAGAACUGGUGAAUCACAUUGUUUUUGAAAACCAUCAUCAGUUGUCCUGCUUGGAAGGCAGUUUUUCUGAGAAGACCCUGAAAGUCGCUGCUUGUGACCCAGUGAAACCAUACCAGAAGUGGAAAUUUGAAAACUAUUAUGAAACCUGAAGUGGAACUAAUUUUUUCCCCAAGUAAAUCCAUUAAAUACUGUGAAAA